UCGGUUGAGACGGUUGCCGAGAGUUGAAGAAAAAUAACAAUAAAACGAACUUGGAGUUGAUGAGUGCUUCUUGGAGACUUUGACGGUGGUUUCUUUUUAAUGUAUUAUUCAGUAAAAACACCGGAAGGUUCGUAGAAAUAUCAAGAGGAAGUUCAGAACCUUUUACCUUCUUUGGAAGAGUUUUCGCGGACUUUUUCACGUGCGUGUACUCAUCAUCAGGAAGUUGGACAACUUUGAACCGGACAGUGACAGUUGUGAUUUUGCAAUCACUGGAUAGGUGUUUUACGGUCGUCUAUAAACAUUAUCAAAGUUGCCUAUUGGACUGGUUAAAAUCUUAUAUCCCAAGUUUUUCAACGAUUGAUUUUUCAGUUUUUGAGAUCUGAAGCCAAACACAUCUUUUCAUUAAUGAAAUCGGAACAAAAUAUAAUCAUGCCAUUGUAAGCGUCAGACAAAAUUUCUACCAGAUUUGAAACCAGCUUCACAAAAAUUAAACUUUAUUAUUCCAAGUGAAAUUAAAAUUCCAAUUGAAGUUUCAUUCAUUGUCAAAUUACUGAGCUAUGAGUCUGAAACACCCCAACUUAUAGAACUUAAAAAUUAAAAGAAAUAUUUGGUGUUUGAAAAAUACUGAUUAAAGACAAGAAGACGCAAUAUAAAUCAAUAAAAUAAAGCGCAAUAGUUUUGGAAUUUCAUAAUUCGAAGAUGACCUUCCAGAUUGAUCCAUGGUUAUUAUGACUCUUGAAAGACAUGUGUGACUUGUUGGUCGGUAAACCGGACAUUUCUGUUGGCUUCCCAAGAAUCAAGUCAUCAUCCCUCCAGAGAAAAGCUUCAUGGGACAGUAGGUACGAGGUAGAAGGGGGCAAGACCCCGCUAGCCGAUACGACGACUCCCCCCGCAGAAUCCAGUCCUGGUUGCGGCAUGUGUGUCCGGUCGUCCGGGCAGGAGACAUCCGAGGCAACGCAGCAGCAGCAGCAGUCAUCUCAACAACAGCCCCCUAAAAGUUCGAUUAGUCCAGCCAAUAGCGUUCCUACUAUAAUGGAUGUGUCCAUUCGCUGCACGGCCCCCAACUGCACAUGUGAAGGAUUCACACCCAGUAAGCCCAGCAUCCGUUUGUGUGAUUCUUGCCACCAUGGCUGGGUAGCGCAUGCGCUUGACAAACUGGGAUUCCGCCAUUUAUUCAACUGUCACCAAGUAGAAUUGGUUCAACAGACUGUCGCAUUCGACGUUGCAUCCCUCAUGUUAUAUGGUACCGAAGCCCUGCCAAUUCGCCUGAAGAUUCUGCUGGACAGACUCUUCAGUGUUUUACAGCAUGAUGAAGUUGUUCACGUAUUGCAUGGUUUCGGUUGGACCUACGAGGAUUACUCCAGAGGAUAUAUUCUUCAGAAUAGUCGAGGUCAAGUGCUAGAACGUUGGAAUAUGCCUACCAGAGAGGAGGAACCACUGAUUUUACAGCAGUUCAUGAGGUUUGGAGAAACGAAGCCAAUUGCUCAGCAGCUUCUAUUGCAAGAGAGCAGCGAAAGAAUGGAACAAGCAAUGCAAGGAUCCAAGGACAGUGUAGAUUCGGAUAUCAAGCGGUUUUUUCAAAAAUUUAAGGGCUAUCUUCCGCUAGUGCCCCCUGCUCUUCAGAAUCAGUCGUCUCUAGCCCUCACUCCUACUACUUCGUCUGUUAUGAGUAAUGCUGUCAACUUGGCGCCAUCUCUUAGCAGACCUAACAAGCCAGCUUCCAGCGUGAGCUCUACUACGUCUCUAUCGCCAGUGACAAGAUCUCCUAUAAAUAGUCCUCUUUCUUCCUCUCCAUUGAACAAACUCCAAAAUAUGCAGCCUUACGACUACAGGAGAGAUCGAAAUAACAGUCCUGAUGUUCGAGAAGUAGUACCAAUGCUGCAAUAUCCUCAUCAGUCUGCAACGCCGUUGCCGUCUCCCACAGCUACUUCAUCAGCAGCAAUACCACCGACAACUUUAACUUCAUCCUUUUUCUCUCACACAACCACCACCUUGAGCGAAGCGUGCGCAACAUCAAACAACUCAUCUCAACUUGGAGGUAUGACUUCUGACUUCAGCAUCACUGAUGAAGGCUCUGAAGAUUCCGAAGCUAUAAAUUUAUCUCAACACUCUUCAUUCACCCAUAACUUUUCUGGAAUCGGACACAGCCAUUUGGACUCUAUAUAUGCGGCCAAGAAAGUAAGACAUUUGAGAAAAUCUGCCAAUCCUAUGAAACGAAGGUGGAACCCUGUUAUGUUAAGUGGUUUGACAACAAAUCCGUCGACCGGCAAGAAGCGUGUACAGUGUCAUGUUUGCUUGAAGACUUUCUGCGAUAAGGGGGCUCUUAAGAUUCACUUCAGUGCUGUACAUCUUCGCGAAAUGCACAAAUGUACCGUUGAUGGUUGCAACAUGAUGUUCAGUUCUCGAAGGAGUCGUAACAGGCACAGUGCAAACCCAAAUCCGAAACUUCACACGCCAAACUUGAGAAGGAAAUUGUCACAUCAUGACGGCAGAAGUUCCAUACCGUACCCAAUAGUUCCUCCUUCCACUCUGUUAAAUUUCAACAACAUUGGUAGCAACAAAGACAAUUUAAUGCCUGUUCCUCCUCCCAUGCCUUCUGAUAGAGAAUGUGAAGAAAGACGCUCCAUGGUCACAAAUAACAGUCAUAUAAAAGUAGAGGCAAAUUUGCCAUCCAGUACUAUGGAUGAUUUACCACAUGACACAGGAUUGCCUCAGCCGGGCUUAUCUUUCCAUCACCGCCGAAAAUCAAGUUUAAACUCUCCAGACGAUGUUCUAUCUCUUACUAAGAAAUCAAGAUAUGAACUUAACGGAGAUGCUAGCAAUGAAGGUGAUGAAGGAAUAGACCUUAGUAUGAAAGACGAUCAAAAUGGAAGUUCUUCAGUAAAUAAUAAAGGCGUGAGGAAACGAAAAAGUUUCAAUCCUACUAAAUGUGCUACGGUUACAAGUGACGAUGAUUUGCAAUAUGUUUCAACCGAUGACAGUAGCAGCGAUACUUUCGUUGACGAUAAUGGACUGCUUUCAAAAUCUGACGAUUUUAGCUCUGAUUUGUUGGAAGAUGAUUCUAAAGAUGAUGAUGUAAGGGAUGACAGUCCACUGCCUAAUACGUCAGCACAUCUCCCAACUUCACUUUCUGGCCAGAUAUCACGCCAGCCUUCUGCUUUGACUACUCAACCUCCACCCAGAUCAGAAGAACAAGUUGAAAUUAAAUCUCCUAGUGUAUCAUCUGUUCCUGCAUCCAAUUUCUCAAUUGAUAGAAUGUCGUCUAAAGAAGAUAUGAAAACUUUAGAUUUGACUGUUAAACACAAAGAACCAAUUAUAAAAAGUAAUCACGACACAGAAGAAGUUUCAGAGAGUCCUCUGAGAUAUUUGGAAACUUUAUCAUUAGGUGCUUUUACUGGUCUUCUGAACCAUACAAAAAACACGUUUUCUCAGCAUAUUGCUUCUACAACUGGAAUAUCUUACCAUGCACCAGGCUUAGGCUUAGCUUCGACUCCAUCUUCUAAUAUGCAUGAUAUUUCUCGAGAAAGACGCCCUCAUAUGCCACUCACAGAAUCUCAACCAGUACCUUUGCCGAUUCCUAGUAGUGGCAUAGGACUCUCAUCAAAUGAUUCUGAUCCUGAUGGACAAAUGUCCUUACUUCCAGUUUACAGAGACGCUUCAAUGAUUGGUGCUGUAGACGUCCCUGUUGAUAAAGAAAAUCCUAGACGUUGUAUUGCUUGUGGAAAAAUAUUUCAGAACCAUUUUGGAGUCAAGACGCACUAUCAGAAUGUACAUCUUAAACUGAUGCAUAAAUGUACUGUGGAAGGUUGCAAUGCUGCUUUCCCUUCCAAGCGUAGUCGGGAUCGACAUAGUGCGAAUCUUAAUCUUCAUCGGAAGCUCCUGUCUACUUCUGCUGAUAAAGGACACUAUUUUGACAAGAGUUCUUUGUUUCCAUACCCACAUCCUGGAGUGGCUCUUAGAGAUGAUUACUUUUCACGAUUGUAUGACCCUCAAAACAUUCCUCUUAAUUUAUAUCAUGCUAGAUUCGGCGAUGGGUUUUUGCCAUCCCCCCCUUUUAGUAGUCCGCUGGGACCCACUAGUACCCUUGGAGUCAUGAAUCCUUUUCACCCCGCAUUCAUGGUGCCAACAACAUCAAAUACUGGUUCUUCGCUGCAUGAAGGUGGUACAAGAGUCUCUGAUGGACGUGAUGACACGCCAAUCAGCUCUAUUAGUUCAACACCCAGCCCAAGACCCAAGUCAUCGUCUCCCUCCUCAUUUUCCCCAGAAAAAGAUGAUGCGAGUAGAUCUGGCAGGAGACCUUUAACUUUAGAUUCUGAACUAGAACCUAACAGCGAUGGCAGAUUCUCUUGCAAAUUCUGCCAAAGACUUUUCAUAGAUUCUGCCCAUCUACGAGAUCACUAUGAAGGGACUCAUUUACCUAGUCUUCUGCCAUGUCCCACUGACGACUGUCCAAAAGUUUUUCUGUCUGCUACAGACAGGGACAAACAUUGUGAAGCAGAAGACCACCAUCACCACAGAGCCAAAAGAGAAACGCCUCCCAAGACAUGAAGUAUCUUUCUUUAGAUUAUCUUCUUUUGAGAUAUUUUAACUUCAAAAUGUAGCCUAUGCAUCAGUGCCAAUGCGUUUUCUCCUUCCCAGAGGUAUAUUAUCAUGUAAGUGGAUGUAAAUACUUCUAACCAUCCGUACGGUUUUCCAUGGUUGGCCAAAUAUUGGCUGUAUAUACAUUGUCUCUCCUGUAAUAACUACGUUUCGGAAAGUUCUUAAAGAACCCACAUUCUUUCGGGUAUUCAACUUAUUUUGCCUGUGAUUUUCUGUGUAACUGUCUUCGAUCCUGCACAUCAGCUGUUUGAUAAAAAAAAUUAACUAUAAGUUUGAAAUAAUAUAUAAAUAUAUAUAUAUCAUGCUCGCAAAUACGAGUGAAUUAAUUUAUACAUGUACGUCGCAUGCUAUCGAACUCGAUGCCAAAGCUCGGCUUGUUGCCAGAAAGCGUUAACAAGUUAGAUCAGUAUUGUUGAGAAAUUGUUAUUCUUUUGUUUCCUGUUCAUUCCAAUUGUACAAAGUAUUCUUCAAAUGCUCCGUUUUCUUUGUUUGUCUUAACUGUGUGAAGUACUUCCCAUUUACUCUGGCUGUACCAUUCCUAUCGUUGGAUUCUGCUCGUAGUUAAAGCAUCUAAUUUCAGAGCACGUCACUCGAAACCCCCCAAGAGACAGUUGCAAGACAAACUGUGAUGAAUCCUAGCUGGAAGAAUCGUACAUAUUAUUCUGUACUUAAGCCUUUUUGCGAAGAAAAGGCGAAGAGAUAUUAUGCAAAAGUACUUUUUCAAAUCCUUGUCAAGUUCCUCAUCCAAAGAGAGUGUUCAUGUUUUAUUUCUUCGGUGUAUUUACAACUAGAUGGCGAUGUAAUAAAAUGGUUGUGUUUUUCUUUUGUAUCAUCGCAUUGUUUUCCAGGGCCUACCUACUUAUUCGUAUUCAUCCCAAGUUUCAUAUUAAUAAAUAUUUAUUUUACAUGAUAAAUGAUAUAUUAUUAGUGUACAUUUUUUUGUUUCUUUUUUAUAAUUUUAAAAAUAUGAGUGA